ACCUGCAAAACGUUUGACGAUGUCUGUGGUGGACUUCUGAAUAGAGGUUUCCGACAAUUAGAACGAAUAGUUUCCGCCCGCCAAGCAGCUAUUCGAACUAAACUACCUCGAAGAGAGUCGGAACGUCGAACACAUCCCCUUAGUCGACAUUGUGAGGUCCUUUCCGCUAUUGAGACCCGUCUUUCUCUUUUGAAAAUGAGUAUCAUGCGAUAUGCUGACGAAGGCCAUUGUUGCUUCUUCGCUGGAAAGGUUUUGGACGAAAUCGGUUCGGUUUGUCGUUCGGUUCAGUCCACCAAUGGUUUGUCCAUCCGGCCGUAUAAGCUGUUACACGAAAUGCGAGACAUAUCCUCCAUGGCUGUCGAGCACUUUGAAGAUGUGCUAUUACCUAUGAUUCGUCGAAGAAUCAGUUCCGGUUAG